UAUCAAUAUUCUCGGAAUCAAGAUCCUCGUGUGUACCAGAUGUGCUACACUCUGCGUCGUGGCCUUGCCGACUUGUCGCGCCUUGGUCCCACCAAGGAUAUAGGCAAUCGUGAAAUUGCUCGAUUAUACACUGGCCUUGCUGUUUCUCCUUCAGUAAAUACAGAUUCACCGAAUCCCUUGCCAUCAUCUUCGGCGACAGCAGAUACAGGUCGUGUCAUAGUCUCCGGCCAGCAGUCACCUGGAGCUCAGGACGAUCCUGUUUAUUUGAGUGUCAGUGUUACUUAUCGACUGCACAUUCCUGACCCGCAACUCUCUCUUCCACCUACUCCUAUUUGCGCCCAUCCACAUGAUAUUUCUUCAGCGAAUACUUUGAGACAGCCAGCCCUAUCCCUUGCUCAAUUCCCUUUGCUUAGAAUAGUGUUGCUAGUUUUUAAAAAGUCUGCCUUGUCUUCAAUUUAG